UUUUUAUUUUUUUUUUGUAAAUCUACUUCGUAGUUGGUAGAAACUGGAAGCACAAGUUCUACCGCGUAUGUUGUUACAAGGUGAAGGUCAGUUGAUCCGAGUGUGUAUUGAAUUUGAAGACCAGAACAGAAUUAUGUAGUGCUUAGCUUCGAUAUAUCCAUUUUCUCGCAGUUUAUCAGGAUCUCUUUUCAAGCGGUUUUAUAAAAAGGUGACUGGGUGGGAGUUUUUAAAGAUAAAGUUCUUGCUCCAACAAAAAAUUAUCCCCGUCUUUUUUCUCGUACCUUUCUUCGAAAAAUUGAAAAAUACUCAGUCCAAAUCCUUUCUACCGACAAUUAGUACACCCGAGUGCUUCGUGUGUAAAGUUUUAUUUGAUAAAGAUUUUUGCAAGAAAACUAUGAUCGCAAGAGGAUCGAUCCACCUUAAGUGUACAAAGAGGAAAUAAUAAGAUAGUCUAAUUCGUGACCUACAUUGUUUAAAUGAUAAAGUUUACGCACACAAGACUUGCGCUCCCGUUUGUGUUCAAAUGCGCUGGUGAUGAUGGAGGUGUAUUGUUAAUGUUAACCCGCAGGAAGAUUUUACAUUCUCUACCAAGAAGAUGAAGUGUUGCAACUUUAUCUAUCGAAAAUGUCUCUUCCUUGGGACAUUCUUUUUAUUUUUUAUUUCGUUCGCUGUAAACGCAUUUGGACCACGACUGCUUGUAAUUUUACUGGAUGGGUUCAGAUGGGACUACUUAGAACAGGGUGGACAAAUGCUGCCUGGAUUUCAAAGGAUUUAUGAACAAGGAGUAAAAGCUGAGUAUAUGAUUCCCGUGUACCCCAGCUUUUCGUAUCCCAAUUUUUACUCGAUCAUGACGGGAGUACACAGUGAAAGUCAUGGUUAUGUAUCAAAUUUUAUCUUUGAUGAAAAAUAUGAUCGAAACUUGUUUAUGGGAGACAAAUCGUUUCAACAAGAAAAACAACGUUCUUUUUGGUGGGAUGAUGCAGAACCUCUAUGGGUGACAGCCGAAAAGCAGGAUAAAAAGUCAUAUUUCUUUUACUGGAAAGAGUGUGAUGUUGCAAUAAGGGGGGUUCGUCCAACGUUCUGUAAACCAAAUACAAUGAUGACAGCUAUUCCAGAAUUGCAAUAUUCCAUCACAGAGUCACUGAAUCUAUUACAAAAUCGCUCGGCGGACUUCAUAGGAAUAUACAAUGAAGUUGUUGAUCAUUAUGGACACAAGUAUGGCGUUGGCUCCAAAGAACUGGAGGGAGUAAUCAAUGACGUUGACCAUGAGAUUUACAAUCUCAUAGAACAUAUGACGUCACUAGGGCUAGAUGACGUCAGUGUUAUGAUAUUUUCUGACCAUGGGAUGAUCAACAUAAAAGAAACGGUAGAUUUAAAAAAUAUACUUGACAUGGAUGAUAUAAAAGCUUUGAUUCCCGAAGGAGCUACUGUAAAAAUCUGGCCUAAAGAUGGAGCUGUUGAUAAGGUAUAUGCUGAUCUUCAAAAUGUCGUUCAAGACGGAAAAAUCACAGUGUAUAAGAGGGACAACAUUCCAGAGCGAUAUAACCUUAGACGACAUUAUCGAGUGUCUCCUAUCUUUCUGGAGGCUGACAAAGGCGUGUACAUCAUCACAUCGCCCUGUAAAUGUGUUGGGUGCUCGACAUGCAAUAUAAAGUAUUCGGACAUUCCUCAAUAUGCAGGGACAGGCGAUAUGGUGGCGACACACGGGUAUGAUAACGCUGACACAGCUAUGAGGGCGAUAUUCUUAGCCUCUGGACCAGGAUUUAGGAGGAGUUAUACUAGUAAACCAUUCUACAACGUUGAGUUAUACCAGCUGAUGUGUGACAUUCUAAAUGUGAAGCCAAACCCUCAUAAUGGAACAUGGUCCAAUAUAUCACCCAUGCUGUUACACCCUAACUCUUAUCAUACCAGAACGGACGAAUUAUGAUCCUGUAGUUAGAUAUUUUAUGUGUUAUAUCGAAUAUAUUGGCAUCACCUAUCUACA